CGAAGAAGCGAGAACGACAGAAUAUAUAUUUUUUUGUGUUCGUGAAAUUAAUAAAUUCAUAAGUUUUCAGGGGCAUUCUGCCUGCUACACCAAACGACGGCAACGCUGUGAAAGUGGCUGAGCAGCCCUUACGAAAGUGGCAUCCGUGAAACGGUCGCAUACGAUGGCACCAUUUUGCAAAAUGGAAGGUCCUACCUGAACCGUGAACUUAGUGGGAGUCAACUGCAGGCAUUAGGGCAGCAGCUCUACAUAAGGCCGCACAGCUCUUAUGGCUGUGCCGGAAGUUUGAUCACUCGCCAGUUUAACAAUAAUGAGUAUGCCCAUAUGGAGUAUUGAGGCGUACAUCUCUGCCCGGACGAAGCGGAACCGCACAUCUAGCGGUUCUAAAAAACAAAAAGGCGAUUAAAUGCACCGUUAAAACGGCGACAGUUUAGAGGCUAAAUUUACUGCAUGCCACUAAACCGUGUCACGUGAAGUGGUACGGUCAAGGGACGGCCCUGCAGCACUCGUUUCGCCAGGGUGCCGCGGUGUGUGUGUGUGUGUGUGUGUGUGUGUGUGAGGGGGGACGUCUAAGCGCUGCAGAAGUGUUCCUCCAAGGGUUGCGUCGCGGGGGCCCUCGGAAGGAGGAGGCGCGGUACCAUAGGCGCCCCCGAGCCCGCGCCCCGGCCGAGGGGGCGCCGUGCUGGCGGCGGCGCCCGGACAGGCCCCUCCUCCGUGGCCGGCCGUGUCGCGGAAGCGGGCGGGGCCGCCUUGGCGCUGGGCCGCCGUGGGCCAGAGCGCCUCCAUGGGACCCGAGCACCAGGCCGCCUCGGCGCAGGGCUUCUCCGUGCAGCGCCUGCUCGACCAGGCGCCCGCCGCAGCCAGCGCACAGCGCGCCAGGUCCACAGCGCCCAGCCGGAGCAACGUUGAGCCUGCCGAGAGCCGCGCGUCCGACGCCGCCCGACGCAGCCGCACCGCGUUCAGCGCCCAGCAGCUGAGCGCCCUGGAGAAGGCGUUCGAGCGCAGCCACUACCCGGAUGCCUUCGCCCGCGAAGAGCUGGCCGCCAGGGUGAACCUCAGCGAGGCACGCGUACAGGUCUGGUUCCAGAACCGGCGAGCCAAGUUCCGUCGCAACGAGCGCAGCGCGCAGCGCGUGGCCCGCGGCGAGGCCAGCGAGCAGCCGGUGCUGGCCGCGCCGCCCCCGCCGGUCGCUCAGCUGGCGCGACUGCCGCCACAGGCGCCCUGGCACUGCGCCGCCUCGCUGCUGCCUCAGCCGCUGCACGGGCCGGCCCGCUGGUGCUAGUGGACGACGGCGGCGCCGGCCGUUCCCCCGACCGUCCAAGCCCGGUGCGCGCUGUACACACCCGGGACUGCGAAAGAGUGCUCACUGACUUGGGACGUGACGGUCGCGCGCGGGGCCAUCAGCUGAGGUGCCGGGAAGCGGAGAAGUUCGCGUUUAGGCGGACAGCUGCGUUUUCAAUAAAGGAUGCUUGAGAGUGGA